UUCGUGGCUCUGAUUUGGACCCUCGUCAUGCCCACGUACUGUGUCACUGCGAGAGGAAUUCAGUUACCAUGGUUUAACCUAUCAGUACGGGGACCAAGUGCCUCCCCUCCCAACCGCUCUAUAAAAAGAGUGUCUGAAGAUGCCCCGGCGGCUCCUGCCUGUCGGCUCCGAGCAGCAGGUGCUCAGCACGCACGGAGGGGCUGCCGCUAUGCCGUCUGCCUUCCAGCUGCAGUGCCACCUCGUCCUCAUCCUGCUGGCAGCCUCCAAAGGGGACACCCGCUACCUCGAGGUGAGGGAUGCUGGUGAAGAUGAACCCUUCCUGCUCCUCAGCGAAGACCUGAAGCGGGAGCUGUCUGCAGGGCACAUCUACCGGCGGUCUCUGCGCUGCAUUGACAUGCUGAGCAUUGAGGGGCAGUUCACCUUUACUGCCGAUCAGUCCCAGUUGCACUGCGCCACAUUCUUCAUCGGUGAACCUGAGGAGCUCCUCACCAUUGAAUAUGACUUUGUGAAUAUCGACUGCCAAGGAGGUGACUUCCUGAAGGUAUUUGAUGGCUGGAUACUCAAAGGAGAGAAGUUUCCUAGUUCCUUGGACCAUCCCCUCCCCACUUCCCAAAGGUACACAGACUUCUGUGAGAGAGGUGCUGUCCAGAGGAGCAUUAGGUCAUCACAGAAUGUGGCAAUGAUCUUCUUCAGGAUUCACCAUCCAGGCAAUGGAUUUACGAUCACAGUCAAGAAAAGUGCCAACCUCUUCCCUUGCAAUGUCAUUUCUCAGACUCCCUCAGGAAGGUUUACCAUGGUCAUUCCUCAUCAACACAGAAACUGCAGUUUUUCUAUAAUUUACCCAGUGGUGAUAAAAAUCUCUGAUCUCAUCCUGGGACAUUUAAACGGCCUCUUCUUAAAGAAUCCAUCAGUGGGCUGUGCAGGAGUGGGGGACUUUGUGGAGCUGUUAGGAGGAACUGGCUUAGACCCAUCCAAGAUGUUUCCACUGGCUGACCUCUGUCAUUCCUUUCAUGGCUCUGCCCAAAUGAAGAUUGGUUGUGACAAUACUGUGCUACGGAUGGUCUCCAGUGGCAAACACAUCAAUCGUGUGACAUUUGAGUAUUAUCAACUUGAUCUGCAGGAAAUAGAAAACAGAAAGGAGAAUAGCAUUGAGGAAUUCUGCUUCCCUGGUAUCUGAAAAACCAGGCAACACAUUUUCAUGUUGCUAAUCAUAAUAAUGUUCUGGCAAAUUAAAAAAAUGUAAUUUUCCUUUAACCAGCUGUUGGUUUCAAGCCUUUCUACGGUGCAAACAUUUUAUUUUAUUUUCUUCUUCAUACAAAUCAAUCAUUCAUAUGAGCAAGGAGGAAGAAGCAUAUUUUUCUUCAUUACUACAAUUAUAAUUUUCUGCAGUAUUUAAAAUCACUUACUGUACCCCAAAUCAAUAACAAGAACAGAAGGCUAAGUUUCUAGUAGAUGUAUUAUUAGGGGACAGACACAAAUCCUCUAUGUAUCCAGUCAGAGUACAUAAAAAAACAACAGUAUGUAUAAACUUAAUGCAGAAACUAUCCUUUUAUAUCAAGAAUGAACAAAAAUAUAAGGUGGUUGAAUACAUUUUCAGUU